AUGAACCCCUUCGGGGCAUUGCCAUGCCUGAAAGACUAUUCCUUUGACCCACCUUUUGUGCUAUAUGAAUCUCGGGCUAUUGCGAGGUAUCUUGCUCUACAAUACGGAAAAGGUCGUCUCAUGCCAAGUGCAUCGAAUUUGCGGGCUACAGCACUCUUCGAGCAAGCAGCAAGCACCGAAUUGACGUCCUUUGACCCUGCCGCAAACCGCCUAGUUUUUGAGGAAUUGUUCAAACCGUACGCUAUUACUUGUUUGCAAUUCUACCCCCGAAUUCACUGGUGCUAA